AUUUGCUGACAAUUUUGUUUGAUCUACCAUAGUCGUUUCCCUUUAGAACAUGGUCCAUUCAAACAGCAAUUUUUACUAUUGUCCACAAAACUUGAAUUUACUACAUCGUGACUGUUAAACCAUGUUUCAUCUAGAUAAAUUAUGUGUCUAUUAGAACUUCGGUAGUCUUUUAUCUGACUCAAAUAAUCUUGUCGCCAUCGAACGAUCCUUGAAGAUUCAGUUAUUGCCUUCGGUUUUUUGUGUUUAAAACCACAUGUUGACAAAACUUGACGCAAUGUUUCUAAACUGGUAUAAUUGUAUUCUGGAUAAUCUGCUACCUUUUGAUGUAUUACUUCUAAUGUCGCAACUUCUAAUAAACUAUAAAUUGUCCUACGUAUGAAAUCUUGAGUAGCUUUGUCAACUGAUUUCAGUUCUUCUUCACAUUUCUUUACCCAUUAUCAUAUUGCUGAAUAUUCUCCUUUUUUAAACAUGCGAGUAUAUUUAAUAUAACUUGCCCUGUUUGUAUAUCUAAAUCUUUAUUAUUAAAUGCAUACCUGUCUUUAUUCUCAUUGCACUGUGCAAUUUCAUUGUCUUCAUUCGCCCAUGGUCUAAACAACGCCAUAUUUCAAUUUAUUUAAAGAAAUUUAGUAAUUAAAUAAAUCUCACCAAGCGACGCCACUGCUUAUCGCAGACUUUCUGGAAUGAGUAUUUCGAAGAAAUUGUGUACAUACGGCUUCGGCCAAUAGAAAUGCAUUUAUGUUAACGAUUCGAUGUUUUCAUUAGUAAACAGUGGAGAUGAUGAGUCCACGUCGACUGACGGUUUGUUAGAUGCUUACCGAAUUUUAUACGUGGAGUAAACAUUAUUUUAUUAUUUUCUAUAUUGAUUGUUCCUCGCAUAACUGUCUUCUGGAAUUGAUAUUGGGAAGAACUAUAUGAAUUGAAAAAAUUAUUGUCAUAUCGAUCUUGUGUACAAAAUUUAAAAUUAAUCCGAUAGACAAAUGAAACUAAUAAAAACGUGUUAAAAAAAAUUGUGUAUGAUUCAUAGGCUUGUUAUAAAUGCCUCGCAUUAUUCUUUUUUUAUUAAUUCAUUGUAAAUUCUAUAGAUAUAUACCUACAACGGUAUGUCACGUCUCUGACUAAGAAUUCUCCGAAAGGUUAUCAUAAUGAGAAUGUUAUUUUGAUUCCACCAAUGACUUAAUCUAUUUCCUCAACUCGAUAUCUUUCAGCAUUAGACGUAUUAUCUCCGCGGCUAUCAUAUAUUUUGUUUUUUAUUUAUUUUAAAUUGCACGUGUUGUAUAUACAAAGUUGAACGCGAAUUAGUCGAAUGUGCUAUUGUGAAUGUCAAAUUUGAGUUAAUAUCAUAGUUAAAAAAAACUGAAAAAAGUGAAAUAAAUAGUAAUUGCUUCUAAUGCAAUUGUGAUUCAACAUUUAUAAGGCUCAUUUCAUAUUUCAAGUACUUAGGAAGAAUGGUACAACUUAUAUUAUGGAAUUUGUGGAGGUUAGGUGCAAUGGACAGCUUGCAUGUAAGUUCUCAACAAACAGGAAGUAAAACGUCUAGCAGAAGUGCAUCACCUUCUCGACCAAGAGAACAACAACAACAGCAACCAUUCCAUCCUCACCAUACGAAAACUCUCAGUCACGGAUCCGUUGAUAGUUGUAAGAGCCAUGAUGGAAUUGGAAGUGGCAUACAACCUCAAAGACCGGCCCGUCAGCAUCGAUCUCCAACCGCCAGCUUGAAUCGGACCGGACCGCCAGGUGGUACCACCGCUGUCCUUCCAGGGGGAGAUAUGGACGACUCAGUAAAUCAAGUGUAUCUUCUGGAUGACAGCGGUGGGGGCAAUCUGAUGCAGGAAUAUGAUCCGUCAGAUUAUCCUCCGUCCUACAUGUCCAAUGGUAGUAACGAAUUGAAAACGGAGGACGACACGGAUAGUUUGGAUCCAAAAACUAAUGCUAUUUUGGAACAACUCGGAACUAAAAUUAUAAGAGUUAAGGAUCUUAUAAGGAUGGAACAGAAAUUGAGAGACGAUAACGUAAACGAGUAUCUGAAGUUGGCAGCUAACGCAGACAAACAACAAGUGCAGAGGAUAAAGGCCGUUUUUGAAAAGAAAAAUCAAAAAAGUGCACAUGUGAUAUCGCAGUUACAAAAAAAAUUAGACGUUUAUCAAAAGCGCGUCCACGAAUUAGAAACUCAUGGCGCUGCUCAAGGUCAUAGACCACCAAGGGAAGUUCUCAGGGAUAUGGGACAAGGACUCAAAAAUGUUGGUGGUAAUAUAAGGGAUGGUAUCAGUUACGUUGGAGGUUCCGUAAUGUCGAAACCUAGAGAGUUUGCUCAUUUGAUAAAAAACAAAUUUGGUAGUGCAGACAACAUCAGUCAAUUGUCAACGUGGUACGUAGGGACUGGCGAAGGAAGCAAUGCCAACAAGAUCAUCGAUACUGGUGGAGGUGGACCUACUGGCUCAGAGGGCAGCGGUAUUCCGGCGAAUGGAGGUAGCGAUCACGGAGAUAAGAGCCAUCAUCAUCAUCACGGAUCGACAACGUUACCUGCAACGUUGCAUGUAACCACAUCACAGAGCUCCAUGGGAGGUCACGGUGGAGUAGCAGGAGCCACAGGACAUGGUCAACAUCACCAAUCUGCUGGGAAAUUGGUUAGUGAAGAAGGAAGUGGAUGUAGUAGUGUUACAAGUGAUAGUAUAGGAAGAUAUGGUAGAGAAGGACAUGACAAAUAUUCUGAUGUAAAUAAGAAAAUUAGAUUAGUUCAAGAUCAAUUAGACAAUUUUAGGGAAAACUUUGAUAUUAUCAAAUCGUUACAACAGGAGAUACAAGAUCUUAACUCUUCUUUACAGGAGGAAAGAUUCAGAAGUGAAAGACUGGAAGAGCAAAUUAAUGACCUCACAGAACUUCAUCAAAACGAAGUGGAGAAUUUAAAACAGGCAAUGGCCGAUAUGGAAGAAAAAGUGCAAUAUCAAAGCGAGGAACGUCUCAGAGAUAUACAUGAAAUGCUUGAGCAUUGUCAAACAAAAAUACAGAAAAUGGAACAUCAAGCCCUCCAACAACAGCAGUAUGUAACGCUCGAAGGUCUCGAUAACUCCAAUGCUCGGGCACUUGUCGUAAAACUUAUUAACGUUUUGCUCACAGUACUUCAAGUUAUUUUAUUGUUAGUUGCUACAGGAGCAGGAAUUAUUAUGCCCUUUCUUCGUACACGGUUAAGGAUUUUGUCGACAGUUAUAUUAGUUGUAGGAAUAGCUUUUGUAUUGCGGCAAUGGCCGGAAGUAAGAGACAUUGGAUCGCACAUGAUGCGUCGUCUCAAAGAUACAUUAGAUCCGGCCCCGUAAUUUUAGUUUCCGCCCCGCCCGAUGCGCUGUAUCUGUCGCUGAUGCUGAGCUGUUUCACUUGAAAAAAAGAAGAAAGAAAACGACAAGAAUAAGCCCGACGUCUCAUCUCUGAAAAGACAAAUCUUUUUUUGAAAUUAACCUCAUUUAACAAAUUCAAUUGUAGAAGAAGUGUUUUUAAGAAAAUGCGAAACUUGUUUCCGCAUUUUUUUAUUUUUUAAUGAUAUAAAAAACGUAUUUGAACAAUAAUUGAUCCUUGUGUAUUCCUAAUGAAAAAUCAAAUUAGAUUUUUCGAAAUGUAUCGAGUUGAUAACCUCGAAUUAAUUCUAUGUACAUCAUACUGUAUAAAAUUAACGUCACAUAUGGUUACUGCUAACAAAUCCCUCGGAACUUCUCUAAAAUUCAAUAUAAAAAAAUAGAAUGUAAACAUCAAAUAAAAUUCGAAAAAGAUAAUAAGAUAUGUGUUGUUCAGGGUGGCUGUGAUCAAAAACUUUUCAGUCCCAAGGAGAAGGAAAUACAAAAGUCUUCUAUUUUCACUUUAUUGCAAUCUUACAAUCACUUGCAUAUGUUUGACUUGAUCACGACUGUACGUCAGUGAUAUAAAAAAUUAACCCUCAACAACCGUCGUCAGAUAUUGAAAAUUAUCACUGUUUUCAGGUAAUUGCUUUUUUUUUCAUCUAUUAGAAAAGUGUUUGUAGCAGAUCUUUGGUAAGUUGAAAACAAAUAAAAAUAAACGCAAAAAAUUAAUUAUAAAUAAAAAAAAUAUUUUUAUUAAAACCAAAAAAGAAUCCACCAAAAUAAAAGUAUGUUAUAGAAGUUAUGAGAUGCAAAAUUUAAAAGAAAUCUAAGGGAAAAUAGAAAAACUGUAAAGUUCUUACAUUAACAAUUUAGAUUUGUAGUUACAGUACACUUUUACUUUGCUUACUAACGUUGAAAAAAAUUUAAUGCCUUCUGUAGCUAGUACUUCCCCCUUUGGCAGUGAUAACAACCCACAAAAUACGAAAAAUACUUUGGAUUAGAUUUUUAAUCACAUUUCUGCACCAGAGUAUGAAGCUCUCUACAAUUUCUUGGGGCCCGCACAUGUUUCCGCUAACCAUCUCCCCAUUUCAUCCCAAAUGUGUUCUUGCCUCGUCCUAAACCAAGGCAUCGCGCGAACAAACCAUUCUCUUGGUACCUCUUCCAUACUCGUGGCACACUCGAGAGACUUACACCAAUGUGUCACUCCGUUUCUAACUGACAGCGGCCAUUUCUAAAGCCGCCACAAUUCGUGCAGGAAACCAUAGAAUAUAUGCUCAUUGCAAUUAGACCAUCAGUGAAAAUAAUACUAAACAAUUUGCGAUAGACAGAUAAGACGACAAAACAAAAAAUUUGCUGAUAAUGGUUUGUUAGAAUUUAGGUGAGGGGUCUUUUUUUGUCAAACGCUUAUCAAAACAACAAAAUUAUGUUUAUUCACUCAAUCAGAUACAACCGAACAAUAAAAGAAAAUAGCAUACUGAACACACUGAAGACUGAAGGAAAACUAGUUCACCUUCAGUCUCUGAAGACAAUAACUUGGUUAACGAAACGCGCGUCAGAUAGUGUAAUUGUGAGUGUCGAUGUAAACAGUGUGUUUAAAAUGAAUAUCACCAAAGGUUCCAGAAAUUCCAACUUAAUUAAGUAAGGGAAUAAAAUUAAUUUUUGUUUCCAAUUUCUAACACAUUUUUUUGUAGUAAUUUUUAAAAAUUAUUACUCUACUAUACUUUUAAUCGAACAAGGAUUCAAAAGUAAGAUUGAUUUGUUUUGUCUAAAGAAACUGUGGUACAACAAUUUUCUUUCCACAUUUUUUCCAAAGUUCAUAAAUGAUUUAAUUAAUGAGCAUUUCAUUUCUACAGGUUUAUUAAAUUUUUCUUGAACGUCUUUGAAUUUUUGUAAAGAGAAACAGACCUAAGAGAUUUUCGUCUAUUGCCAAUAAAUUUGUCGUUUACUUUUAUAUCAAUAUAUUUUAUUAGAAUGAUUAAAUUGAUAUUUAUUACCUAUCAA